AGUUAUACCGCAGCAGAACAGAAGCAGACGAUGGAUCCCUCUCACAAACACUAUCAUGUGCACGAGUUUGAUACUAAAGAGUUUUUUAACAGAUACUUUUCUGCAGCAACUGACAAAGUUUACUGUGAUGAAGUUUUGAUGUUUCCCAUGAAAGAACUACACAAAGCAGUGACUCCAGGUGACAUUAGAGGAGAAGUUCUGAUAGACAUGUCUGUUGGUUGCAGCAUUCACCACCUGUUGCCAGUUUCUGAGUAUUUCAAAGAGAUUAUUGUUCUAGAAUUCAGCGAUGCCUGUAUCAAGGAUCUGGAGAACUGGGUGAAAAAAGGAGACGAUGCCUUUGACUUGUCUCAUACAUCAAAGUUUAUGACGGAACUGCAAGGGACAAGUGAUACGUGGGAAGAAAAGGAAGAAAAUCUAAGAAAAAAAAUUAAACACAUCUUGAAAUGUGAUUUCACCAAAGAGAACCCUACAGACCCUGUUGUAUUACCAAAAGCUGACUGCGUUCUGAGUUUAUACGUGAAAACUAUUAUCGCCAAAGAUCAUGAAACCUACAUUAACAACCUGAAAAAAGUCUCCCGUAUGCUAAAGCCAGGGGGUCACCUGUUAUUACUUGGUGGGUUUAAUGCGAAGUAUUAUACUAUUGGUAAGGACAAGUUUCAUGCUUUAACAUAUAAUGAAGAAUUUAUAAGGAAGGCCUUAACAAUAGCGGGUUUUGUUAUUGAACACCUGGAGGUGCAGGAAAGCCAAAUGCGUAAUGAGAAUGCAUAUGUAGGGCAUGUUUUUUUUAUUAAGGCUCUUAAAAUAAAAGAGGCUGAUGUGUAGAUUGGUGGGUGGUUGGGGGGUGUAGUUUAAAGCAAAUUGUCAUUGGUACGGAAAAAGUUUUUUUUUUGUAUUACAUAUAUGUUGUAUAAACCAUAAUACCUCUACUGUGAAGAAAAUCAAAUGAUCUC